ACAUUAUGCUGUCUGUAUCCAAUCAGCUGCCGACAGGGCUCCCCCUCUCCCUCCUCCUCCUGGUUGCCAUGGCAACAGUGGGGGCCCGAGGAGUGUGGGGGGGCCCAACAGCGGGCCGAGCCCCGCCCCCACCCAGCACCGAGAUGCUGCAGGCACUCCGCUACAUCCAGAGCCUCAGCCAGCAGGCAGCGCCCGUCGCCCCGGGCAAUCGCCAGCCACUCCUCGGGGAAGGGGAGGGGCCAGUGGAGGAAGGGGAGGGGCCAGUGGAGGAAGGGGAGGAGCAACAGUGGCUGCAGGCAGUGCUGGAGACCCUGCAGGAGACACAGCGAGCGGGGGGCGGGGCCAACACCCCAAAGACACACCCCCGUGCCACAAGCCCCGCCCUGAGUAGUGUCAGCCGGAGGAGACACAGGAAGUACCCCCCGGAGCAGGACCUGGGUGGGUGGGGCAACAGCUUGAAACGGACCAAUGAGAACGCACAGGAUGAGCAGUACACGCCCCAGAAACUGGCCACCCUCCAAUCAGUGUUUGAGGAGCUGCAGAAGUUCUCCUCCUCCAAGAGCAAGAGCGAGAGCAAACGGCAGGGCCCCAGCGAUUACAAUGAGGAGGAGGAGGAGGAGGAGGAGGAGGGAGGAGAUGGGGAUGAAGAUGAGGAGGAGGAGGAUGCUGAGAGGAUGAGGAAGAUGACCUUGGAGGACUGGGACCCACUGGAGGACCAGAUGGAGGACGAGGAGGAGGAUGAUGAUGAUGAUGAUGAUGAAGAUGAGCAGGCGGACCGAGGGGAGCUCAGCCGCGAGGAGGACGACGACUAUGACGACCUGCUCGUCAAGAGGUCCAGCCAAUCAGACAGCGGCGUUGGCAGGCAGGGGGCGGGCCAGCCCGAUGACCUCAGCAGCCUGGUGGACCUGUACGUGCUGAGCGUGCUGGAGAAGACCGAGCAGCAGGAGCAGAGGAGAGCGGCCGAGCAGCAGGAGGAGCAGGAGGAGGAGGAGGAGCAGGAGGAGGAGCAGGAGGAGGAAGAGCAGGAGAGAGGAGCGGCAACGCUGUCUCUGCUGGAGCUGGUGCAGCUCUCUGAGCAGCUGGGUCUCUCUCCUGAUCAGCUGCUCAGCCUGCUGAGGUCCUCCAGCAACCCGCUCCCGCAGCAGGCACCUCCACGGACGCCCGCGAGGACCCCCACACACCUGCAGGCACCUCCACGGACGCCCGCGAGGACCCCCACACACCUGCAGGCACCUCCACGGACGCCUUACAAGCUCAUUAAGCCUGCUAGGACCCCCACACACCUGCAGGCACCUCCACGGACGCCCGAGAGGACCCCCACACGCCUGCAGGCACCUCCACGGACGCCCUACGAACUGAAGCUCCACGCAGCUCCCGCCCCUGUAGCCAGCACACCCACACGAGGACACACACACACACACACAGACACAGACACAGGCACACACACACACACACAGCAGAGCCUGCAGAGCAGCCCCCACGCCCGGCCACUAGAGGCGCCAGAGGACGUGCUGGCCACCGCCCAGAUCCUGCGCCUGCUCGGCCUGCCCAGCGCCAGAGCGCUCUCGGAGAGGAGCGCGGACGACCUUGAGGACGACCUUGAGGACGACCUUGAGGACGACCCUGAGGGCGUUGCCGUUGCCCAGGACGACGGCGGGCCCCUGGAGAGGUUGCUGCUGGAGGAGGCCCCCGAGGGCCGGGGUUUCCCACCCCAGAGCGCAGGGGCGGACGGCGAGGGCGGAGCGUCCGAGCGCACGCUGGAGAUCCGAGCGCUGACCCACGUGCUGCAGGACUACCUGGACCAGCCCGUCGCCAUGGAGACGCCGCAGAGCCACCCCGACGACACAUUGCAGAGCAUUCUGGGAUUGCUGAGGCCGGAGCAGCAGGACAGUUCAGAGACGGGUCGCCCCAGCUAAGACUGGACACAAGACUGGACAUGUGAAUAUUACACACACACACACACACACACACACACACACACACACACAUAAACACACACAUCUAUAUGUCCUAUUCCUAUUUCCAGAUAUAGGACUGCGGCGUUGUGGGGUGGAGAGGGGGCCCUCAGAUGGACUGUGCUGACCCCAGUAGCAGAGCUGCUCUAGGGACUCCCCACCACAGCUUAUCCCUCGGGGUCCUAGUGCCUCCCUCACACAAACAGUAUGACUCUCUCACACACACAGACCAGACAACAGCUAGAGUCAGCUAGUCUCUCACCUCUCUCUCCCUCACCUCUCUCUCACACACAAACACACACACACACACACACACACACACACACACACACACACCUAGGCCGAUCAGACCAACACAUUCCACCUGUGCCCCGUUCUCACUAGCGUACUUUAGUGUGUGUGUGUUAGUUGGUGUGUGAUGUACCUAGAGAUGAAUAAAGCAUAUGCACGCG